GUUAAAAAAAAAUUAAACAAAUGUUUUUUUGGUUGGAUCCCAUAAAACAACUUAAAGGCGGAGAAAAUGACUUCGAAGCACCGUGAACUAUAGCUUUAUUUUUUUUCAGUGGAAGUCGUAGUCUUUGUGUGAAAUGUUUUUCCAGAGAAGAAGAGCUGAGCCUGCGACUGCUUUCCUCUCGGGAAAUAAUUAUGGUGUUUUCUUUCAGUUUGGAUCGCCUAAGACGAAUUGAGCUUGUUGUUUACCCAGGGUAACAAUGACGGCAACAUCAAAGAGGUUUUGAAGUUGAGAUUCGGAGGAAAUUAGUGAAGUAGAAGAGAAACCAAAUGGAGAAAGCUUGUGAGUUGUGCUUAGAGCUAAGGCCAGUUGUGUACUGCAAAGCUGAUUCAGCACAUCUGUGCCUUCCCUGCGAUGCAAAGGUUCAUUCUGCUAACCCAAUUGUUGGCUACCAUCACCGAACCCUUCUAUGUGAUUCGUGCAAAUACCGGUCGGCGGAUAUCCAGUGUUUGGAUCACCGGAUGUUUAUGUGCCGUGUAUGUGACGUGAGCCUGCACAGGAAGUGCUCUCCCCAUGGCCAGCAUCGGAAACGGACGUUGGUCAGCAGUUUCACAGGUUGCCCAUCUGCCAAGGACUUUGCAGCAUUUUGGGGUUUCAAAUUGGAUGAAUCUGAUGGAGUGGGAUCAAACAGUCAAAGAUUUAAGAAGAUAUCUCAUGGUCAUGGUCAUGGAGGUCACUAUCAGAAAAGAAGUACUGGCAAUAGUUUGAUUCUGGACCAGAUUCUUGACUUGAAAAGGCUUCAGCUGAGUCAAGAUCAACCAAAUCAAGAGAAAUCUUCUUCAGUGCAUGAACAUCAAAACCCUUCAAGGAGGUUGGAACAUAGUCUUGAUCAUCAUCAUUUACAACAUUCCCAGGAUGAUCUCGGCCGCAUUGGAUCUCAGCAAAGGGACAGCUGUCUACCUGAUCAGGGUCUGAUGGUCAAAUUUGAUCCUUUUCCCUUUCCAUUUCCUGAACAGCUGGAGCAAUAUUUUCCAUCAUCUUCAGGCACUGCAGGAUUUCUAUUGCAUACAGAAUCAUUUGGGCAGGGUAGAAGCACAGUGCAGAAUAGUCCGCUGUGGUCUCAAAAUAUGCAAGACCUUGGGGUUUGUGAAGAACAAGCUUAUGAUCAUCAAGAUCCCAAUACACCUGAUGUCGAUUCGACAUUCCGAAACUUCGAGGAAUCAUUUGGAGGUGAUCAGCAAGAUGUGUCAUACUCCUUCAUGGAGAAGAAGGGCCAUGCAAGAGCAGCCAAGAGAUAAACUUACGAAGGCAAUCUCAGCAGUUAGUGAAUGAAAGUUCUAUAUAGAGCUCCAGCAAGUUUGUCAUUAUUUUAAUCAUGAGUGUUUUAUUAUUAUUCUUUUAUACUAUAUUAUGUUUCGUGUACAUAAAUACCUCACAGAUAAACAAUGUUAUCUACCUGUGUUAAUUACACAUAAUAAACAAUGUUUUCUUCUUAAUGUAAUUUUAUUUUGCUAUUUGUGUAGCCCCAUUGACCUUAACAGUGUUAGGGUGAUAUAUGCCGUUGAUCAGAUCUCGUGGUCAACAAAUUCAACGGCCUCCAUAAGAUUUAGCCAUCCACAUGAUAUUCACAGGCCCAAAUGAAAAUCCAGCUGGCAAGAGCUGUGCGGAACAAGCGAAACAUAGCCAACUGUCAUGAAAAUGAAAUAGAAACUAUAAAGCAGUUUGUUUAAAAGGAAGCUUAAUUAUAUUGAGGGACUUGACAACAAUGCAACAAGAAAGUGUUUGCCAGAGCAGUGGCACUGCUAUUGGGAGGGAAUGUGGGA